AAUCGAAAAAUUUAUUACUAAUGUAUUACUACUACUACUACUACUACUGUUAUGUUUGAAUGGAAACAAUGUUUUUUCAAUAAUACAAUUAAUUAAUUAAUUAUUUAAUCAAUCAAUCAAUUGAUUUAUAAAAACUAAAUUUUUUUUUUUUAAUUUAGUUUAAGAUUUCUUGAGUUCAGUUCAGUUCAGUUCAGUUGUUGUUGUGGUAGAAGAAGAGGAAGAAUAAGACGGAAGAAAACGAUGGCCGCAGUCGUUACCGAUGAGGACAACAAGCGUGUCGAGUGUCCCGGCGGUGUUGAUGAUGACCACCACCACAGCGACAACGGUGUCAACGAAAUUACCGAUGCAUUGAAUGGCCAACAAUUGGAUUCACAGAAGAAGAAGAACAAGAAAAAGAAGAAGAAAAACAAAAGCCAGAAGACUCAGGAAGAAGAAGAUGGCGGAGAAGUAGGAGGAGAACAGCUGACCAUCAAUGAUGACGACAACAACAAUACUAAUGGUGGCCAUAAUAAUGGCGGUCCAGUAGAUGGUGGCGACGACGGCGAUGACAACAGUCAGUCGGCGACAGCCGGUCAACAGAAAAAGAAAAAUCGUAAGAAAAACAAACCAAAAUCAACGACCAAUACAAGUACCACAGCUAGUUGUGGCGGCGGCGGACAACGUAAACAGCAAACAACGCCGCCGACAGUGGCCAUUGCCGAUCUGUUUCCCGAUACUGAUUUCCCCAUUGGCCAAGAAAUGGACUAUCCUGUACCGCGUGAUAGUCAAACGGCGUCCAAUCGUAUGACAUCGGCCGAGAAGAAAGUCCUGGAUAUGGCCAACACUGAGAUCUACAAAGAGCUACGACUGGCGGCCGAAGCCCACCGUCAGACCAGACAGUAUAUGCAUACAGUUAUCAAACCGGGACUAACGAUGAUUCAGAUUUGCGAAACACUUGAGGAAACGGCACGCAAAUUGAUCGGCGAAAAUGGACUCGAAGCUGGUCUGGCCUUUCCGACCGGUUGUUCGCUGAAUCAUUGCGCCGCACACUAUACGCCCAACGCUGGCGAUCCGACUGUCCUACAGUAUGACGAUGUCUGCAAAAUAGAUUUCGGUACUCAUAUCAACGGACGUAUUAUUGACUGCGCGUUUACCGUUGCGUUCAACAAUAAAUAUGAUAAACUGCUGGAAGCGGUCAGAGAUGCCACCAAUACUGGUAUCAAAACGGCCGGAAUCGAUGUCCGACUUUGCGAUGUCGGCGAAGCCAUUCAAGAGGUUAUGGAAUCGUAUGAAGUGGAAAUCGAUGGCAAAGUAUAUCCAGUUAAAUCAAUUCGCAACCUAAAUGGCCAUUCAAUUGGUUCGUAUCGAAUCCAUGCGGGAAAGACAGUACCGAUUGUCAAAGGAGGCGAACAGACAAAAAUGGAGGAAGGAGAGUUCUAUGCAAUUGAAACGUUUGGAAGUACUGGCAAAGGCUACGUUCACGACGAUAUGGAGACAUCCCAUUACAUGAAGAACUACGAAGUCGGACACGUACCGCUUCGUUUGGCCAAAUCUAAGCAACUAUUGAAUGUGAUUAACCAAAACUUCAGUACACUAGCAUUUUGUCGCCGAUGGUUAGACCGUUUAGGUCAGACCCGUUAUCUAAUGUCGCUGAAAGAUCUGUGCGAAAAGGGUAUCGUUGCUCCCUAUCCGCCACUGUGCGACCAAAAGGGCUGUUAUACCGCCCAGUUUGAGCACACAAUCAUAUUGAGACCGACCUGUAAGGAAGUGGUCAGCAGAGGCGAUGACUAUUAGUAUUUGAAUUUGAAUUUGAUUUUUUUUGGAUACUCUUAUUAUUUCUAUUAUUUUUUUUAAAAAAGAAAUUUAUAAUUAUUAGUACAGUUUAAGUCAUCAACAAAUAUCUAUAUUUAAAAA